UUGUGAUCAUUUUGAAAUAUCCUCUGUAUUUGUUGUGUACGGCAGUGAUGGACCUUUCGAUGAUGUUGAGGAAUUUCUGCCUCCGGAUGGUGAUUCUGGUGUAAAACCGUUUCUGCGGCGGUUCAUUGUGAUGAAUCUGCUGUUAUACAUCGAAGAAAUGAUUUGUGUUGUUGCAAAUCAUAACCUCAAUUGCGCGUCUUUGUGAAUACGUCGAUUCGUCGUCAAUCCCCUGCGCGACGUCUAUAACUGAAGGAAAGUUUAUUCUUUAUAUAUGAUUCAACGCGAGUAUCAAAUGAACAACGGGUUUAGUACAGGAGAAGAAGAUUCUCGAGGAAACUCCGACCAAAUAUGUUGCCUUGUGGAUGAUAGCGAUCGGUGCAGGCGAUCCGCUGGCAACGCGGCGUACAGCAAACGCAUCCAGAAGACUGUCACCCAGCGGAGGCUCAAGCUGAACAUUGACCCUCAGGCAAGACAUACAUACAUUUGUGACUAUCACAAAAAUAUGAUUCAAUGUGCACGGACGAAGCAGAGGAGGCCUAAGGACUCCGAGGAUGACAGUAACGAGGCAGAGAUGGAUUCACCAGAGGUCGACUGGUUCUCACUGCAAGUGAAUACCCUAAGGCGUUACAAAAGGCAUUACAAGGUGCCUACACGGCCCGGCUUCAACAAGGCUCAAUUAGCAGAUGCUAUACAGAAACACUUCAAGUCAUUGCCAGUAAAUGAGAAGGAGAUUAUGACAUAUUUUAUUUAUAUGGUAAAGACAAACGGCAACAAGCUGGACCAGAAAAACGGAAUCAACUCUGAUUCUGUAUAGACUGUGGUGUAACUUAUUUUAGAAGACAUAGACUUAAUUAGAUUAUUAUUUUAGGUACCUAUUCUUUUCUUACUCUAUUUCUCUUCUUAAAUUAUCAGUCGCAGAUGGUUACUUGGAAGCUGUAAUUAAAUAUGAUAAUUCCUCUAUUAUUGCAG